CACGUGCAGCCACACCUGCAUUUAAAUAUAAUUAGCAUCCAGCAGGUCGAACUGCUUUCUCGCGCAACCUGUUUUUUUCACCAGCUACACAACAUUUUUGUUGUUGCAAUUGACAAUACAUAAUGCAGUCUCCUGAAUGUGCAUGAUCAAAGAGUAUCUUAAAUAAUGUCACUGAAUCCACUCAUGUUGAUUCGUGCAGCUUCUACGCAACCAGUUUGUUUCUACCUCCUUCUCUGCUUUUUUGUCGCAUUGGAUUUAAAGGCGAAGUAAGAGUUGGAUAUUUAUAUAAAUUGGACCCCAAGUUGUACACGGUGGCUGUCUUUUCUACCAGCUGUCUGUAUGGAGGGUCGGAUAACCAUGACCGACAGUGUCCUCCAGGGAUUUUGAGUGACAGACGGGACGCUGAAACCCCCCGACAAGGAGGUCGAGACACCCGGAGGAAACGCUUGAACAGCCGGGUACCACAUUGGAAGUCUUCCAGCUGUCCGGCCGAGCAGCAGGGCUCAUAAACCAGAGGACUCAGUGAAGGAUACAAGUGGUCUCCUGUCCAGAUAGCCCAACCCUGCUGGAUCAUGGGUAACCAAAACGGCAAAGAAAGCCACAGCACCACAGGCUCUCCUUUGGAUUUCUUCCACACGCCUCCCACCACGCCCUCAGAUGCCGAGCUGACUGCCAUGGCCUUGUCCUCUGCAGCUCCCUCUAAUAAGGCACAGACGCCGUCACCAGCCGGCAGCAGCACCACCCCCUCCUCCACCUCUCCGGUGGCAGACUGGACACAGAAGCUGCCCGCUCCCUCAGAAUGGGCUGUGAUAAGUGUGGACAACAACACGACCAGCUUGGAGGCUAACGUGAGCGAUGCAGCAGCGAGGCACAGGAAGGCAGAGCUCAGUCCGGGCAGCCCGGCGUCCCUGCCUCCGUCCAGAGCAUCGCCUUCAGAGCAGAGCUGGCAGGAGCGGGACAGUGGAGUGGAGCCGCAGGCUGCAGCAGAGAGAGCUAGUGAGGAGAUGACCCUGGUUUUACUCAGUCUGAUGGAGCACUACAGGGCUUCUCUGGGCCUGAGCCCCAACACUGAUUUAACCACAGGAGCAGUAGAGCUGCUCCGGCGUCUGAUAACACAGAAAGAUGACCUGGCUGAGGAGGUGGACACACUGAAGGAGAUGCUCAGGACAGAGAGGUUGGAGUGGCAUCAGUUCCAGUGUGACCUGCAGGUCGCAGUGUCUGUGGCUGACCGGCUGCGGAUGGAGUCAGAGCAGUCACUGGAAGUCUUCCAGGAGAGCCACAAGGCUGUGAAAGAGCAGCUGGUUCAGGCUCUCAGCAGCCAGCAGGACAAAGAGCGCGAGCUGGAGAACCUGAGAGCCGAGCACAGAGACGUCUGCCUCAAACUGACUGAACUCUCCAAACGGCAGCAACACGAGCGGGCCGAGCUCGACGCCCUGAGGAAUGCCCGCAAGAUCAAAGACUCCACAGCCUGCGACGAGCGUGCAGAGAGACAAGACUCAGAGGAGGAAAUACAGAAAGUACAAGAGGAAACACCAAGGAAAGAUGAAACUGACUCAAAUGUUGAAAAGCAAAAAGAGAAUCAAGAAAGUCAAGAUGUGGAUGCUGGAAUUGUAGAUCACGAUCCUGAGGAGCCGAAUGGAGCAGAGAGCCAGCACCUGAAAGGGAAAAGGGUGGCAGAGGGAUACCUACGCACUAUAGCUGCACUGGAGAAGAAGAAAGAUGAUGGACGUGGGCCGAGGGAUCCGAGGAGGAUUGUAAUGCUGUCAGAAAGAUCAUGGAGUCUGUCCCGUCUCCCGCUCCCAAUUGAUCCCUCCAUUGACAAUGGGAACCCAAAAAACACAAGCACAACAUUGCCUUUAAGCAAGAAAGAGGAGCUCCCAAACCGGAGAAGGAUGGACCGUGUGUUACAGCGGCAGGACAGCUGGUCCAACUUUUACACGGGAAAACAGGAUGAUGACCAGAGCUCAGAUUACAUCAAACCUCAGGACGGUUUCAGCGCUCUGCUGAGGCGUCACGGCGGCUCCAGGAGGAACUCCCUGCUGCGCUGGUGUCAGAGUCGCACCCAGGGUUACAAAAAUAUCGAGAUCACAAACUUCAGCAGCAGCUGGGAGGACGGCUUGGCGUUCUGUGCCGUUUACCACACAUUUUUACCAACGUGUAUCCCGUAUGACACGCUCAACCCAGUGGACAAGAAGGAAAAUCUGGACCUGGCUUUUAAGGCAGGAGAGAGUGUUGGAAUCACAUCCACACUGACGGUGGAGGAGAUGCUGAAGUCGGGCGGGCCGGACUGGCAGAAAGUCCUGGGUUACGUCGAGAGCAUUUUCCGUCACUUUGAGAUGUGAAGUCUUUCUCUCUCGUCCUGCUCCUCCUGCUUGUUGUGACUGAAGGACUGAAUCAGUAUCCACCACAAGGGGGAGCUCUACACACAAUAAACUCUGGUCAGGAUUCAAAAAGUAAGCAAUAUUAGAUUUUAAAACAUGGUUUUAUGUACGAAAGAACGAACAGGAUCAUUUCCUAUACCUUGAAGUAUUUUUAAUUUUCUACAUACCAUCUGUUGAAAACUCUGCUGGGUACUAAAGUAUGAGACACAAGAAGAAUCAGCACAACUCCAGACUUUAGCUGUUAAGUUCACUUUUGUUCGAAGGUGCUGGGUGCACUGGUUUUGCACUGUUUGCCUUUUUAAAAAACAAGGAGCACUUAAUGAUUGAAUAUUUUUUAAAGAGGAUUUCAGAAUUUGGGGCACUUUGGUUUUAUUUUUCUUUACUGUGUUAUUUUACCAUGAACCUUUCCUGCUGUGAUGUCUGCAUGCACCUUAACCUAAAACCCACCAAACAGAGGAUUGGAGGAGAGAUGUGAUCCCAGAUUUUUACUGCACUGGAGAUCUUUUAACUUAAAAUAUUGCAGCACCUGUGUAUGGAAAUAUUCCCUUAAAGAAAUGUAUAUAUGUACAUGUAUGUAAGCGCUUCCGUAUUUUUUAAAACAUGGUAAACAUAUGAGGAUGUUGUUGCCAAAGCCUUAUUGCAAUAAUAAAGAUACCUAUAUGCAGAUAA